UGCCCUUUGCACUCCAGACCGAGCUGGGCCUGGAGAAGGGGUCGGGAGUUGCACAGACAGCGAACGGGACGCGAUCCAGACGCUCAAGGGUGCGCAGCGCGCGCGCUUCGAUGGCCCCUAGAGGCUGAGCGCAGGGGGCGCGGAGCAGGCGGCGCUGCCCUCCAGCCGAGCUGCUGGCUUGCAAGGUAGGGAGAAGGAAGCAAGAUGCCCAAACGUUGAUCUUUGCGGGAGGGAGGCAGGGGAGCGCUGCGCAGCGAGUUGGGGCGAGCCUCUGCGUCCCCGCCGCGCGCUCCGGCGCGACCCGCUGCCUCCAGGAAAGCGCAGUCGGAAAGUUGUCCGCGGCGGUGUCCUGCGCUGCCUGUUGUGUAACCUCGGCGCUGCCAGCCGGACGGGGAAGUUGCUGGCCGGCUCCCCAACCCCGGUCUAUCGCGGCUCCGGGAGGAUUUCAUGGCCCGUUGUGAACGAGGGGCUGGAGCCGGUGUGGGCGAGGCCCCGCGCGCCCCCUCCCGCGGGGAUCCCCGACACCCGCGCCCUUCCGCUCUCUGGCUUUUCCGAUGCGCGCUGCGCCCCUCGGCGCCGCCACCCUCUCGCUGCCACUUGCUCGGGGCCGAAGCCUAAGUUGGGGAGGAGAAAAUGACCGAGGUCCUCUGGCCGACCGUCCCCAACGGGACGGACGCUGCCUUCUUGGCUGGCUCAGAGUCGUCUUGGGGGAACAGCACGGUCGGCUCCACCGCCGCAGUGGCCGCCUCCUACAGAUGCGCGCUGACCAAGACGGGCUUCCAGUUCUACUACCUGCCCGCUGUCUACAUCUUGGUGUUCAUCAUCGGCUUUCUGGGCAACAGCGUGGCGAUCUGGAUGUUCGUCUUCCACAUGAAACCGUGGAGUGGCAUCUCCGUGUACAUGUUCAACUUGGCCCUGGCUGACUUCUUGUACGUGUUGACUCUGCCCGCGCUCAUUUUCUAUUAUUUCAAUAAAACAGACUGGAUCUUCGGGGAUGCCAUGUGCAAGCUGCAGAGGUUUAUCUUCCAUGUGAACCUCUACGGCAGCAUCUUGUUCUUGACCUGCAUCAGCGCGCACCGGUACAGCGGCGUGGUGUACCCGCUCAAGUCCCUGGGCAGGCUCAAGAAGAAGAACGCGGUCUACAUCAGCAUCCUGGUGUGGCUCAUUGUGGUGGCGGCCAUCUCCCCCAUCCUGUUCUACUCCGGCACAGGGGUCCGGAAAAACAAAACCAUCACCUGCUAUGAUACCACCUCCGACGAGUACCUGCGCAGCUAUUUCAUCUACAGCAUGUGCACGACCGUGGCCAUGUUCUGUGUGCCCUUGGUGUUGAUUCUGGGCUGUUAUGGAUUAAUUGUGAGAGCUUUGAUUUACAACGACCUGGACAACUCACCUCUGAGAAGGAAAUCAAUUUACUUGGUGAUUAUUGUACUGACUGUUUUCGCUGUGUCUUACAUCCCUUUCCAUGUAAUGAAAACGAUGAAUUUGAGGGCCCGGCUGGAUUUCCAGACCCCAGAAAUGUGUGCUUUCAAUGACAGGGUUUAUGCCACUUACCAGGUGACAAGAGGUCUAGCAAGUCUCAACAGUUGUGUGGACCCCAUUCUCUAUUUCUUGGCAGGGGAUACUUUCAGAAGGAGACUCUCUCGAGCCACCAGGAAAGCUUCCAGAAGAAGUGAAGCAAAUUUGCAGUCCAAGAGUGAAGAUAUGACCCUCAAUAUUUUAUCUGAGUUCAAGCAGAACGGAGAUACAACCUUGUGAAGAUUCAAGAAUCCCCAAACACCCACUUUUGUUACAUGAGCUUUUCUUCUUUAGCUUCAUGCAUCAUGUAGUGGACAAUGCUGACAAGUGGAUGCGUGCCAAAUAGCCACAAGAGUGAUUUCACCAACUCCUUCCAGGCAAAAAGAGGUCUCUGUGAAGAGUCUAUGCUAAUGGUGAUAAUACACAGAGGAGCAAGAUAAGGCAGUGAUCUAGUGCAUGAAAAUCUGAUUCAUGACAUAUGAUAUGAGUAAGUAUUUAGUAAUACAGGCAGAAAUCUGUUAGCAUGUUGAUGAAAGAACAGCUAACAUAGAACUUAACAGUUCACAAAUAUCACACUACAAAACUAUCUUAAUAUCAAAUUCAAGAUGUUUCAUGGCUCACAUUGGCAUCUUUGACUCUUUGAACAUCAGUCGUGUUUGCACUGAAUUGAUGAAAAGACAAACUAAGAAGCUAGGCUUUGGAGUUAGAAACAUGACACUGACCCCUGCCUGCAGUGGAACGCUUGACCCUUUGACCAUUGGCCAUCUUGGACUAAAAGGUUGGAUGACAUCCAUCUGUUGGGGCCUUAGGGCAAAGCAUUGAAGCCAGCCAACCAGAGUGUGAAAUCUGCUACUGUAUAUUCCAGGACUCUUUAAUUCCUCUUCUAGGCUAAAAAUUCUUACAAAGUUAACCAAUUAUGAUGUGGACCUAUGACCAGUAAGUUUUUUAUUUUUAGUCUACUCAUGCAGUAUGCUAAACUGCCUUUGGGUGCAAAGUUGUCAGCGCAUUUAGCAGCUGGAAUUGAACUACUUAUAAUGUUUAAACAUUUGUUAUUAGUUAGAGAUCUAUUGAAGCUUUAACUUGCUUGGUCAAAUUAUGACUAUCAGUAGUAUUUAUUGAUGAAGCUCACAGUCUUUUAGUUGUACAAAUUGAAAACUUUUCUUGAAAGAUCCACUGUUCUGAUGUAAAUUAUAUUUAUUAUUAUGUAUAAUAUGGAUGUGUCACACUGGUAUAUAGUACAUAAUAUGCAUAGAUGAAGAGUUAUUGUAUAUUUUGAUGUUUUUCAAAUGUCAGUAUAUUAAAGUGGUUAAGUAUUCAGAUUUUUUUUAUCUAAAAUGAAAAUUUGUUUUGUGAUACAAGUGAUUCUUUUUUCUCUAAAAAUGCUUUUGCACGUUUAUCUCAUUUUUUUAUUAAGGGUUCUUUCUAUAUAGACACAAUUUUGUGUGAGACUAUCAUAAGAUCAAUAGUACACAAAAAAUACCUUAGCCAGAUUGGGUCUGUAUUAUCUAUAUAUUAUAUGAUAGUAUAGAAAAGUUUAUUGUCUUUUCAGGAACUUUGGAAUUGUGCCCCCAAAUAUGGCCAGAGAUUCCAUUUCCAAAGGCAAAAGACUUGUUAAGAGAUCAAGGUAGAUCUCUUGAGUUUUGGAAGUUGGUGGGGUGGGCACUAUAGAUACAACAUUAAAAUUUAAGGAAAAUCUUUAGAGUGAUGGGGAGAGAAAGAGGCAGCUGGUAUAUUCAGUUCUGCUUCAGAUUUUGUGUUGUGUUUCUUAAUGUGAGAUGGAAUUUCUAAGUAACACACUACCAGCAAGUUCAACACUGCUAUUCAUUUAAAUAUGUUUUCUUUGUUUGGUUGAUAACUUUAAUUCCAAGUUUUAUAAUGAUGACUGUAUAUUAUUUGGCUGCUGGAACCUGUUACAAUUUUUUUAUUCUGUUGUGCAUUGUAUUAUUCACAUCAUUACAAAUUAAUAUGAAGGGGAAUAUGUUACAUAUAAAGAUUUGUGAAUUUGAAUUGUAGUAUGUUUUAGUGCUUUUGCAAAAAUGUUUAUUUUUAUAUUAUAUGUGAUUUUAAUAUAGAUAAUUGAACUAGAUUUCAUUGUGAUUACUAGUGUCAUUGAAUGAGCAGUAUGAAGACAGUGUUACUUGACAUUUGGAGCUUUCUCAGGUUUAUCUAAGUCAGUGAUAACUUGACAAAUUCCAGACUAAUUGUGCAUAAUUGUAUUUCAAGUAAAAGGAAUGUACAUUUCCUAGAAGUUUGCAUGCAAGAAUGUACAGUGUGUGUGUGUGUGUGUGUGUGUGUGUGUGUGUGUGUGUGGGUAAGGCAUGGCAGCCAACUUUGUAUUUGCUAUUUAUAACAGCAGAGCUUUGGUAUAAUCGUGGUCACUAGAAUUGUACCUACUAUAGACAAUUAAAACGGUAAAAGUCUCAAUAAAACUAUGAAAUGUGGUCUGAUGGCUGUUAUAUUAUUAUAGUAUUAAUACUCACAAGUUUCACCAAACUUCAACAUGGACUAUCAGGUGGGCUGAAAAA